CUAUGUCUGCACCCCCUUGGUCGCGUCAAUCACCAGCAGCACCGAAUCGAUGAUGCGCGCCCCCCCGAUAAUGGUCUUGAUCAACGAGGCAUGGCCAGGACAGUCCACCAAGCAGAACUGCAGCUCCCUCUCCCUCUCCCUCUCAUCAGCAGCCUCAUCAGCACCCAGAUUGGUCUUGACAAAGAAGGCAGAGAAGCCGAGGUCAAUGGUGAUACCGCGUUCCUGCGACUGGGGGUGUUUGUCGAGGGCUGCCGUGGACGUCAUGCGGCUGAGCGCCCGCACGAGGCUGGUCUUGCCGCUGUCGACGUGACCUAGCACACCCACGUUGACGUUCAGCCGACGAGCCAUCGGGACGGAACCGUGCAGAUCUGUCGACACACACAUGCACAUGCAUAUGCAUAUCGAUGACCGUCGACGUCAAGGUGUCCGUAGAAGAUCUGACCUCGGUGUCGGGCGCUCCUUGUCAGAUGAAAACCUGCAGAUCAGAUGGAUAACAGGAGGACACAUCAACAUGUGAAGUCUGUUGCACAUCCGUGCCAUCAUCAUACAUACGCACCUGACCGGUGGUCUCCACGGCACACAGGUGCACGGCAGAUCCGCGCUGCACUUUGCCGAUCUCUUCACGUUGAUCAAUGCCCUUGCCGCCUCCCUGCCGCAAUCUGGCAGAUGAGAUCCGCCAUCCCUCGGCUCCCAACAACUCCCCAGACUGCGAGCUCAGCUGCGAGCUUUUGAGCUCUCUUUCCACACACACGAAGAGAAUGUAGCAU